UUGGAGCUGCAGCCGUGCUGCGUGUUCCUGCCAAAUGAUAGCCUCCCCUCUCCCAGCACUAUCAUCUGUGGUGACAUACCUGGCACCGUCCGUAGCUGGUACCACAACCAAGCCGCCAUGCCUGGAACGCUGGUUAUCUGUUUUCCCCAGAUUAGUGUCCUCAGUGCUGGACACAAAUACAUGGAACCUCUACAGGAGCUCCCGUUUGUUGUCUCAAAGCCCAUCUUAGAAGAAGGUGAUGCAUUCCCAUGGACAAUAAGCCUGAGUCAGUUUAGCAUCUACACGUUGUUGGGACAGCAGCAAAGCCUCAGCCUGUUGGAGCCUAUGGGAUGCACGUCCACCCUGGCUGUUACAUCCAAACUGGGCAGUUCUGAAGGAAGACACUCUUUUGUAGUCUGCCUCCAUGUUGAUCUACAGCCGCUCAAAGUCAAGUGCUCCAAGCCUCAGGUUCAACUCUUAUAUGAGCUCCUUCUCAGCUGGAGCUUUACGUGGGCCCGUCUCCAGAAACAUGGUAUUUUGCGUCAGACCUCCAGCAUCCCAGAUCCCCCUGCUGGUGCCACUCCUUCCUCCCCAGUGCGCAGCAGUGCUGGAACUGCCCUGCCCGACACCAGCACCUGCAGCCCUUCUGCAGAUUUCGGGUCCCCCACUGAGGCUGACUCAGUUCCUGCUGGAGAUGAUGGUCCAUUUGCUGACACAGUGACACUGGAGCAGAAAACUAGCAGCUUUGAGGGAACCAGUGGGAAGGUCAGCCUUUGGAUGCAGUGGAUGUUGCCCAAGGUUACAGUUCAACUGUUUGCUCCUGACCCUACUACCAGAAAGACAGAGAUCUGUGUCAUCGGUGAGCUAGAAGACCUGAGUGCCUCUGUAGAUGUCCAGGAUGUCUACACAAAGAUUAAAUGUAAAGUUGGCAGCUUCAACAUUGAUCAAUAUCGAUGCAGGCCAGGGCAGGGCUGGCACUCUGGCAGCUAUGAAGGACUCAUUCUGCAUUGCAAGGAGACAGCUGUGACGGCAGCUAAGGUCCUGGAGGGCUCUCAUCAGCAGCAUGGCUUCAUGUCGAUCACCUACACUCAGGCUGUCACCAAAAACGUCCGUCACAAACUCAUCACCCGACCUGAGCGUCCAACACGUGCCAGUUUUACCACUGUUACACAGCGGAUGACGACGGAUCAGCUGGCAGACAAUUCACCUCAUUACCUGAGAGAGAUUCUACUAACUGCCCAGCCUUUUGAUUUGGUUCUGUCCUGUCCACUUCUGGCCACUGUAGCAGGGGUUUUUCAGGCCACAGUACCACGACGAUACAGGGAGCGUGGGAAGUCAGCAGGUCAGCCAAUGAGAAGCCACACUCUGACAUCUCGGUGCUUGCCUCUCAUUUACAUCAACACCAGCGUGAUCAGGGUCUUCUGCCAUGGAACACAAGAUGCACAAGCCGUUUCA